GUGGCUGUGUUGAUGAUUUACUAAAAUGGCUGCUGCUGCGUUAGUAGAGACUUCUGCAGGGAAAGAUGUUAUUGCCGAAGGAUUGCUCGAUCUACUGAAACCAGCUAUUCAGCAGCUGGACUUGCAUGUCCACUCAGUCAGAGAGAGCCAGGUGGAAUUAAGAGAACAUAUAGACAAUCUUGCCACAGAGUUAUGCAGGAUAAAUGAACAUCAGAAGGUGGCUUUAGACCUGGACCCCUACGUAAAGAAGCUGCUGAAUGCAAGACGUAGAGUAGUGCUGGUUAACAACAUUCUGCAGAAUGCUCAGGAACGUCUGAGGCGACUCAACCACAAUGUAGCCAAGGAGACAGCGCGACGAAAGACCAUGCUGGAGGCAUCAGGAGUGUUCACCUCCCGCUCCCCCAGUAAACCCUGAGUUUCCUCCUCUUCCUCCUCCUCUUCCUCCUCCUCCUGCUGCUUUGCACAGCAAAUACUGUGGACUGUCCCGACCAGGAGGGACACAUCAAUACAGGAAACUGUAACACGAGGAAGACGAGUCUUCCUUUGACCUUUAGAGAGCUGUUUGUCUCAUGGCAUGCUCAUGUUCUGCACUGCUUUGUCUGAUCUUGUCAUAAUAAAAAAAAGCCAGGCUGCCACCUGCUCAAUGUCAGGCAGCUGCAAAUAGGUUAAUGUCUUAAUCCUCUGAUGAAACGCAUCAGAGAAUCAGCUUUACAUUAUCACCUGAUAACACUAUAUCACACAUUUAUUUGUAGUUUGUCCUAUCAUCAAGUCAAUUAUGUUCCGGCACUCUGAGGGUUAAUAAUUUAUAUGCACUGAUUCUACAGUCAAAGACAAAUGAGAUCAAUUAUUCUACAAAUGAACAAAUGUUAGAAAAAUGUGGAAUUGUGAUGUCACUGGGUAUGCAGCAGGAUAGAUGAUGAUACUUGGCUGCAGUGAUGUUGUGGACCAAAAUAACAGAUUGUUGUUUCACUGCUUGAAGGAUUGCAGUAUUGUCAGUCUCCAUGUGUUCUUCUGCUCUCUGUCUUUGGUUAUUGAACAACAUGAGAAAGUUUGAGUUUAGCUGACUUUUAUUAGAUUGAAGUACAGAAACUGCUUUGGGAGGCUCUGCUGACACAAAUGUGCUGUAGCAAAUCAACACAGAGCAUAUUGAUUGGUUUAAUAUUAGAUGAUGGAAAUCAAACUGGAGAAUGUUGUGUCUCCAUGAUUAUGCAAUAUAAUGCCUAAAUACUGCUUCUGAUUUCUACUUUUUGUUCAGAUAUUUGUCUUUGUGGAUGUUUUGUAAAGUAUACAUUAACAUUGUGUUCUUAUCUUUUUAAGCUUGUGCAUUUCUUAAAUGACUAAUUCAUCAUAAUGCUUUCUUAGUGCCAAGAUGAGACUACACUUUGUUUGAAGGUAACACUACAGGAAAGGCCAUAUCAUUACUGAGUUCAAAAGUUUCAAAUUUCAUGGCAAACUUGUUGGUAACAUCAUUUCACAACUUUACUAUUACCUAUUCAUUUCCUAAUAAUUUGUUGAAAUUUAGGUUUUUGAAACAAAUGUGAGUAAAAAUCAGGCAGUUUGAGGACUUUACAUGAUGUACUGCUUCAUUUAAACCCAAACAAAUAUUUCAGUAUUCAUUUAUUAUUGGACACUUAAUUCUUCUACAUACAUGUUGAAUUGUGUGCUUACCUGUAGACAAAUAAUUCAGUGAACUGACUAAAAAACUUUAAUUGGAAGAGUAGCAAUGUAAAAAUGUCACUAUUUACCUCUAAUUAGUAAAUGACAUAAUUCUUUACAAUUAUUGACCAGAAUAUACUCUCUUGUGACUAUGAAUAUCCACAUUUCAUUAAAAGUCAACU